UGAAAGGGGAGUGAAGUGUGUCGUAUACCGCGACACGAAACUACGCUACUUUCCCAUAAGAUUUUGUUGCAAGUGAAAAGGUUCGUCGACUCAACAACAACAAAAAAAGAUUUCAAAAUGCCAUCCUACGACGAUAAUGAAGUCUUCAGAAGAUCAAAUGAUUGAAUACCGCGACACCUUUUCACUUUUCGACAAACAAGGAGAUGGAAAAGUGGAAUGUAGUAGCCUUGGUGAAAUGUUAAGAGCACUCGGACUAAACCCAACAGAAGCUGAAGUUAAAAAAAUCGUUGCAGAAAUUGAUCCAACUGGACAAAAGCGAAUCACGUUUGAGGAAUUCAUUCCGUUAUAUCAUGCUCAAAGUAAAAAGAAAAACGGUGGUUCAAUGGAAGCCUUCGCUGAAGCUUUCCGCAUCUUCGAUCGUGAAAACAAUGGUAUGGUAAGCGUGGCUGAAGUAAGGCAUCUAUUAACAAGUCUGGGUGAGAAGUUGUCAUCUGAAGAUGUAGAUGUAUUGGUACAGGGCAUGGAAGAUAACUCUGGCAUGGUCAAUUAUGAAGAGUUUGUUCGAGGCGUGAUGUCAUGAAAAAAGGACUCGAGAUUCAGCUUUUAUAUCUUUAUUUUUUUUUUUCGUUACUGUUAUUAUUAUUAUUAUUUUUAUUAGUUUUCAAUCCGUAAUUUAAAAUAUAUUGAAGGAAAGGGUUUUUUUCUGCGAUAUAAUAACUGGGUCAUUAUGUAUGUCAUGUAAAGGAUACAAUUUUUUCUUUCUUGUAUAUUCAUGUUAUCUAUUUUUAUAUGUCUAUUUUUUGGCAAUAUAAUUAUAUUGAAUCUUUGUAAAAUAAAAGAGAAAUGAAAGAAUGUAUCCCAUUUCACAGUAAAAAUGUUUUUACCAUAUAUGAAA